UGCCGACUGACUCUGAAGUCUGAGUGAAGUUUUAGAGUUUUAUCGUCGAUCGUGUUGUAUUUAUUAAUUAUUAUUUAUAGUGAUAAUUUUAUUCAUUUAUCGAUAACUGAAUAAUGUUACAUUAAAAUUAUUUAUUUAUUUGAUAAAUUUUGUCGUUUUAAAGGCACGUGCGAUUCUAAUCACAAUAACGUCGCGGUUGUAAUCACGAUCUUUUUUUAAAAAUAGAACUCUUACGAAAUCCUUACCUGUCAAAACAAAAAACCUUAUUUUCAUCAACUUCGAAAUUGUAUAAAGUAAUAAACUAAAUUAGUGUACAAGGUCUACUGUGCGUGAAUAUACCGGCGUGCCAUGAGAUAAUGUCUCGUAAGAGAUAUCGAAUGGAAAACGAAAAGGAAAUGAGUUCUAAAUUGGAAGAUAACGGCGACGGACCCAACGGUAGUGAUGCGAGUUUUUGCAGUAGUAGCAGUCAAGUCUUCGCUGAUGGUGCUCAGGCCCUCUGCACAUCAGCGCCGUACAGCACAGACCCAGCCGCAGUAGCGGAGCGCGAGAGAUGUCGUUAUGGCCGCAUCCCACGGUCGAGUGCACUCGCUGGCACAGCACAACGGAGGGUUCGCGUAUACGCGGACGGCAUAUACGACAUGUUCCACCAAGGACACGCGCUACAGUUGCAGCAAGCGAAGACAGUUUUUCCCAAUGUAUAUCUCAUCGUUGGCGUGUGCAGUGAUGCGCUAACGCACAGUCGAAAAGGCCGGACUGUUAUGACAGAAGAUGAGAGAUACGAAGCAGUUCGGCAUUGCAGAUAUGUUGAUGAGGUGGUACGCGACGCACCAUGGGAGUAUGAAGAAGAGUUUUUAGAGAAACACAAAAUAGAUUUCGUGGCACACGACGAUAUACCAUACACCUCCGGUGACUCUGAAGAUGUCUACGCGAUGGUCAAGUCCAAAGACAUGUUCGUCGCCACGCAGAGGACGGAAGGCGUCUCCACGUCGGAUAUAGUGGCCCGUAUUGUCCGCGACUACGAUAUGUACGUGAGGCGAAAUCUGGCCAGAGGCUACUCGGCCAAAGAGCUCAACGUCUCCUUCCUUAAUGAGAAGAAAUUCCGCCUUCAGAACAAGAUGGACGAGCUCAAAGAUCGGGGGAAGAAGGUCAUAACAAAUAUCGGCGAAAAGAGGGUAGACAUCCUCAGCAAAUGGGAAGAGAAGUCCCGGGAGCUGAUUGACGCAUUUCUGCUUCUCUUCGGCCCCGAUGGAAGACUCUCCAACAUCUGGAAUGAGUCCAAGGGUCGGCUGAUGCAGGCCUUGAGUCAGCCACCUUCGCCGCAAGCAUCCGAGAAUGGAGAUCCACAUGAGAACAGGAGUUCCGAAUCCCCUCCACCGAUGAAGGCGAGGCGUUGCGAUAACCUUUGGGAUCCGCAUGCAGGUAACUGGAUGCAUCGAGCUCUGACGGCGGUGGUGAACCGGAAGAGGCGUCACAGCGACAGCUGACCGACGACGGCUCCGACGACGACGACUACCAGGACCCGAGCCCUUACCUCACCUAGGACCACCCUCGUUCACUUUACCACCAGGCUGAGACAUUUGACAAUUUUGUAUAUUCCAUAAGGAAAUAGAAAAUGCUGUAAUGAAAAUUGGCUUCGAAUCGAUUGUGCCCUCACUCGAUGGUCUAUCGACAAAAUUUUAUGUCAAAUGUGAACAUUGUACAAAUAUUUUAAAUCAAUAUUAUGUAUUUGUAUCGCAUAAUUUUCUUUUAUGCAUACAAAAUGACUAGUGAACACAAAUGUUAGUUUGAUUUUAGAGCGAUUCAUUCCUCAGAUAACAAAAAUUUGUUUUUUUGUUAACAAUCAGUAAAAUUUGGUAUAUCCGGUUUUCAUGGACACGUAUAUGAACGCUGAUAACCCUUUAUUCUCUCAUUUUUGGAACAAAAAGUAAUUCAUAAUAUUACUUUUUGUUAUUACUUUUUUAAUGAGUUGAAACUCGAUGUUAUUCAUAUUCUAUGUCAGGAACGACAUUUUUAUGUAUUGUUUUUCACAUCAUAUUCCUUAUUUAUUACUAUAUCUUAGUUUUAAUAUUUAUCUCUCUGUCAGUAUACACUUUUGGUAAAAAUCAUUAAUUCCAUUAAAGAUAACUUAUUUAUUACUAUGUUCGGUAAUAACAAUAUAAUGUAUGUAUUAGAAUAAGCUCAAAAGAUGAGCAACAAAUUAUACAGUUAAAAAAUUUGUUUGAUUUAGAACAGAUCUGAGGAAUGAAACAUCGGCUCUUAGUGUAAUAGUCCAACUGAACCGAGCUGUAUAAUAUACAGUUAAGUCAGUAAGAUGGUAACAUUUAAAUGUUGCUUUUCUUAUAAAACUUACAAUAGUUUUUAUAUUUGUGUUUUAAUUUUUAUAAAGUUGGGUAAAACAAAACUGACGAAGUAUUGCUAUACAUAAUACGUCCGGAAACAUCGAAAGAAUGAUAUAGCGAGCAUUUCUUUUAAAUGAAUUAAGUUAUUUAUGUCUUCUGUAUGUUUUCUGUAACCAAGUGCGAAUGAAUGAAUUAUCCUAUUAGUUUUAUUAUUUAUAAAUUAUCACACAACCUUGUGUAAACACCUAGGUCUCUAGGUGACCAAAAGAUAUAGAUUAUUUGUAUAGAGUACUCUUUUAACAAUUAAAUAAAGAGGUGCUUAUUAA